AUAGGUAUACGUGUCGCGCACAUGUUUAUACAAUCUAUAUAUAUAUAUAUAUAUAUGUGUGGCUGUGAAUUUUAUCAGAAGAUAUCUUCAGGUCGUAUCUAGUAUACGAUAACAUGCGUGUUCGUGUACACCACACCUCUAAAGUCAUCAGUUUUUGUUUGCCGGUUUUAGUCUCUUGAAUACGCGCAGAUGUUCCUCUUUUUUUUUUAUUCUGUCAAUAUGAAAUGAAUUUCUAAAAAAAACGUGACCUUUUAUUUAAAAAACGAACGACUAAUGCCGCCAUAGAUGAAUUUUUUUUUUUUUUUUAUAAAUAAGUGUCGAUUUUAAAAACUUUAGUGUUUUAGAGAAAAAAUCGCGUGUGUUCAUUUUAUAAAACGGUGGGGCAAUGACAAUAGGACCUCGGGAGGUGAUGAGGUCGGAGGCUGAAGGUCUGACAGGACCAGCGCAUCCCAUUUCCGAGCAAUCGAUAGAUUGUGGUUGCAGUCAAGUGAGAUGCCCGAAAUUAGAACGAUUUGCGACACGUUGUGUGUUUGUAAGCCUCCUGUGUUGGUUGGGCCUAUUACAAGCAGCAGCACAUUCCUAUUUAUAUGUAACUAGUUCCACAAUAGCAAGAAGAUUUCAAAUUGAUCCUUAUUGGAUGGAUUGGAUACUCACAGUUUCGGAAAUUACACCAUUUUUUCUUGGUCUUAUAAUUGCCUAUUGGGGCGAUCGAAUUCACAGAAUUUCUUGGCUAGGUGGUGUUACAUUUAUACAAUGUUUAGGAUUUACUUUAAUUAUAAUGCCAGAAUGGGACACUCAUUUUAGAGUAAUAGAACAAGCGACAAAUAACACUCACAUGUCAUUGUACGCAGACGCAAGUCAAGAAUUAUGUUCAAGUGCAUCGUCACGAAUUAUAUUUGAAGACGAACAAAUACAAAAUGGAGUGAUACCCAUUCAAAUUUUCGUUCAAAUUCUCAAUGGCGUUGCAAACAUUGGUUAUUAUGCAUUUGGAAUUUCUUAUUUAGAUGAUAAUACAAAAAAAAUACAUAUCUCAUCAUUUCUUGGAAUAAUUGUUGCUAUCAAAAUUAUUGGCACAUUAUUUGGUUAUAUUCUCGCAUGGUCAUGUUUGAGAAUAGAUUCGAAAAAUUUGGAAAUUGUACAGACAUAUACAGAACAAAUUGGAGCAUGGUGGCUUGGUUGGCCAAUAUUGACAGUUCUUAUAUUAAUAGGAGCUAUUUUUUUAUCAUGGUUUCCUAGAAGAUUACCAUCGGAGAUGGUGCAGCAAGCAGCGGCAACAAUAUUGGAUGAAGCAAGUGGAACGGCACGAACUUCACAAAUGACCUUUAAAAAAGUCGGCAGUACUCGUUUUCUACCUUCGAUAUUGAGACUGGUUACUAAUAAAAUUCUGAUCUCUAAUGUUUUUGCAGCGGCUUUCUGUGCCAUGGCCAUUGUUAAUUUCAUAGCAAACGAAAACAUAUUCCUUGAGUCUCGUUUUUAUGCGCCCAGGCCUACUGGUUUACUUCUAGGAUUCAAUGAUCCUCUCACCUCAAGAAUUGCUACAACAUUUCUAAAACCAGUCGUGAUUGGUUUAGUUGUGAUAGUAUCGGGCUUGUUAAUCGCAAGAGUAAAACCCACAGCCAGGACACUUGCUAUUUAUAGUAUAGUAAUCACUAUCGUAACGGGAAUUAUACUUUUUUCUCUUACAUUUGUUGCCUGUGACAAGAAACCAAUAGUUGGCGAAAAUAUAAAUGGAAUGUUUUCUUUAUCGAGACAUUGCAAUUAUGAUUGUCAGUGUUCACGCGAUGCUAACUUUAGACCAGUAUGUGACAGCAGUGGGAAAUAUACAUACUACAGUCCCUGUCAUGCUGGCUGCACUCAAUCUGAUUAUAUAGAUGAUGAAAAAAUAUACACUGGCUGCAAGUGCCUUUUGUCGGCUGGAUUGACUGAUGCCAGAGCACGGGAUGGCUCUUGUGAAUAUAAAAAUUGUCAAUUUGGUUGGCUUAUUUUUGAGGCUGUUACUAUUGUUGCCUAUUCUCUUUUGGCAUCAAUAAUCGUUGGAGAUUUACUAAUAAAUUUAAGAUCCGUCUACGUUCAAGAUAAAGCACUUUCAAUUGGUUUUUGGAUGACAUUGGUCGCUGCAUUCAUUCAUGUACCGGGAAAAUUGAUUUAUCAAAAAAUUGCCGACACCACUUGUGUUUAUUGGGGUUCGGCUGAGUCGAAUAUUUGUCGUUUGCAUAAUUCAAAAAAUCUUGGUGAUUAUUUGUGUUAUGCGACAAUUUUGUUUUUAGCGAUCAGCGCAAUAAUUAGAAUCAUGGUUUGGUGGUUCUGUGAAAAUUUAAAUCUUUACGAUACACCAAUUGUUGAAGAGGAACCGGGUAGGGAAUUAGAGGAGAUAAAUAGAAUGCAAAGAGAACCGUUAUUGAUUGAGGAAAUUCCAGCCGCAGAAGUUGAAGUAGAAGCAGGUCCCAGUGAUGUACAAGAGAGAAGAUCAUUACCACCAGGUGCUGUUCAGGUACUACCGAAAAAAAUCGAAGACGAUCAUCAAAAGAACAAUGGACCUUUGAAAUACGGUCCCCUUGGACCUGGAGAUCGAAGAACUCAAGAUAGAAAUGUUAUAACUGAAGUAAAAUCCGAAGACUAUGACACUGAUAAUGAAUUGGAUACAUCGAGUGACGAUGGUAGUCUACCUCUGAAGAAAGCAAGUCCUAAAGUUGCCUACAAACCCCUUGAUUUUGAUUCAGAUCACGAUGCAACGGAAACAAUUCCUAAAACAAUUCCACAGAGUAAAUUGUCUCCAAUUGAAUCAGGCGCACGUAGAUUUCCAAAUCCGGAUCAUUAUGAAGAUCCAAGACGUUCGAGAGCAACGAGUCCAUUUGAGAAACCUUGGAGAAAAACGGGUGAUUUUAAUGAAAUUGGAAUUCCAAUUGUUGAGCCCAUUGUUCAACAGGCAAAGGAUUUAAGAUCGUCUAAGGAGGUUUUAGAGGAGAGAAUGCUCUCACCGCAAUAUGAGAAAAAAGCUAGUCAAGAUAGAUUGGAUACUGUGAGAACAUUAUUCAAAACAAUGGAGGAUGGAAGAUUUAAAUCACAAUCGGAUGUAAAUGAUCAACCACUUUCAAUAAGACCACCUUCUGGUGGUCAAGAAUCAUCUGGAUUUGGAAGUUUACCUGAUGUUAGAGAAAGAAUAACUCCACAAUUACAGGAAUUGAAUUCCACAUCUAGGGAUAAUUUAACGAGUAAAAAUUUCAAAACAUCAUCAUUCGCUUGCACAGAUUUAUAAAGAUUUUCUGCUAUUUUAUUUUUAAUUCGAAAAUCACGAACAUAACCUAAUUUUUUUACUGUUUCGCUGAAAUAGUUCCAAAAUAGCUAAAUCAUGAACGAAAAAAAUUUUUAGAUGAUGCGAGCGCAUUCAUUACCAACUGUCGAUAAAAAAUUUAUUUUACCUAUUCCACUAUUAUCGACAGUUGGCAAUGGAUGAGCGCGCGCAUCGUCUCGAUGCGAUUUAGCUAUUGUGGAAGUAGCUUAAAAAUAAUAUAUUAUCAAUUUCCGAUAAUAUAUUGGAUUGAAAACAUUUUUAUAUAUAUGAAAUUUUUACGCGAAUUUUAUAAAAAUAUAAAAUAUAUUCUAUUUUCUACUAGGAUAGUUUGUGAAUUUUCAGUAUGAAAAAUAUUUUUCUUUUUUUUUUAUAAAUAACCAAAGAAACUUUAAUUCAUGAAAUGCGUAGGAAGUACAAAAUAAAACAGAACACAUUUUUUAUUAUUAGUUAAUAAAUAGGAUUUUUUUACAGUUAAAAAUGCAUUUUUAAAUUAUUUUUUACUGUAUCCAUAGAAACAUUAUAUAUUUAAUGUUUAAACAAUAGGGA